AAAGUUUUUCCGGAAAGUUCUAAGUUGCAGUAACACAGCAUCCGCGCCGCCUUGUCAUCCACCCUUGUGACAUUUCCAGCCACCGGAUCUGUUCUCCAAGAUCCCAUUUAUGAGGAGACACCUCUAUCCUGGUACAAUAUUGCAUCCAAUCGCAACCCACGUGGUUCGAAGCUCACUAUCAAAAGCCCCUGGACACAUCUUGACCAUAUCCUUGCUGGUGGCGGGGAGGAACCAACAUCCAAUAUCUCGGCCACUAAUCCUCUAACAAGCACUAUCCGUCAAUCAAAUUUACGUCUCCUUCCCGUUCCAGUGCAUCGGGUCCGAGUCUGUUCAUUGGAUCCGAGAUUCAACUUACCUUGAUCAGCCUUCAAGUAGAGCACGGAACCUGCAGGAAGCACAUUCUUCUCACGGCUGUUCCCUCUCACCUUCCCAAGAGCUGUUUCAACAUUUCACCAUGAUGCAGCUAAUUCUUUCAUGGGUUUUACUUGCCAUCUUGGCAAUCGCACCUCGGGUUGGGAAUGCUCUUCCUACUGUUGAGAGCUCCCUUGCGGUACGCACCCCUUCGCUACCUCUGACUGUCAACGUCCUCCAUACCUUUGAGUUUCCAUCUUGGUGUGAGAACCUCGCUGUCCAAGCCAAUGGUCGCCUUUUGGUUUCUCGCCUCGAUACACCAGAAGUUAUUCAAGUCGACCCCACAGGAGUCCUGGCACCCACUACCGUGGCAUCAUGGAACGCAUCAGAGUAUAUGGGAUGUCUAGGUAUCUCUGAAACUGUGGCAGGAGUCUUUUACGUCAUCACAUCCGCUUUUGUAAAUGACAUCUUUGUCAAGACAAGUGGCGUCAAUUCGAUAUGGGAGAUCAACAUGAAUACAUUCAAUGUCAGUUCAGCUGGCGUCGUCACUAGCAACGCUACUGUGUCCAAGCUGGUUGAUAUCGAGUCUGCGGACUUUCUGAAUGGUAUGAUAACUCUGAAUGCGUAUCAUAUACUCGUGGGAGAUGUCUACAAUGGCUGGGUGUACAAAGUCAACACCAUAACCGGACGAUACUACAUCGCUAUCAACGACCCUCUCAUGAAAUUCGGCGCCAAUGCUACAACGAACCUGGGUGUGAAUGGUCUCAAGAUUCACUCCCCUUACUUAUACUGGACAAACACCGCAGUCGGAUCUCUAAACCGCAUCUUGAUCAACGCCAAAGCGGAACCGUAUGGCGUGUCCCAGGUAGUGACAGCGAAUGUCCCAAAAGCGGAUGACUUUAUUUUCAAGAGCGAUGGGACGGCAUUCAUUGCUCAGAACCAGGAGGAUGAAUUGAGUGUCUUGCUUUCUGGACAGAGUGUGGCGGAGGUGGUUGCUGGAAAUAAUAUUAGUACGACGUUGGCUGGUGUGACGGCGGGGAAGUUUGGGAGACUGAGUACGGAUGCGAAUAGGUUAUAUUUGACGACCAGUGGAGCUCUGGGAUUGCCCAUCAAUGGGAGUGUUGUCGUUGCAGGUUCUGUUCUGUAUAUCGAUACUACUGGAUUUUGAUAUAUAAUAUUUGUAAUGUAACAAUGCUUGG